ACGUAUAGCAACUUAGUGCUACAAAAAAGAAAAGAAAAAAAAUAUAUAACAGAAGCUGAUUGGCACUCAGCACUUGACAGCUGUGAAGCCCUUCUCCUACCCCGGUGUCAUGUGUCCAUCGUGAAUCCGGUAUAGGUAUCCUUGUUCAAUUGGAUUUAGGUAUGCUUUUAUAAGCCCUUCUCCGCUUAUAUGAAACGGGUUUACUACUACGUGAUGUUUCUUGGCCAAUAAUACAUUAUCACGUCACAAUGUAUUGUUGAAUAGGAACACUGUGCGUUCUACUCCUCCCUUGGCGGCAUAAAUUGGGAGCCUAAUUUAAUAAUCUCUUACACGUAACGACGUCUUCUUCUUCUUCCCCACUCACUCAGUGGUGUCGGUUUGCCGUCUCCCGCCGUUCUCUGCAAUGUCUUCCCCAACUGCAGAGGCAGAUACAAUCAAGAAAAUGAAGAAGGAAGCAAAGGCAAAAGAGAAAGAAUUGAAAAAGCAAAAAGCUUUGCAGAAAGCUAUCAAGCUGCAGGAGCAACAAGCAUGUGCUUCUACUUUGAAGACAAUUAAAACGAAGAAUGCAAGGCUUUUGGAUGAUGAAGAUGACAAUGCAAGGGACCCGGAGACUCCAUUCGGCCAGAAGAAAAGGAUGGCCAGUCAAAUGGCCAAAAUGUACCAUCCGCGUGCUGUGGAGAAGUCGUGGUAUGAGUGGUGGGAGAAAAUGGGGUUCUUCUCGGCAGAUGCUAACAGCUCUAAACCUCCAUUUGUGAUUGUUUUACCGCCGCCCAAUGUGACCGGCACCCUUCACAUAGGCCAUGCUCUUACUGCUGCUAUUGAGGACACUAUCAUUCGUUGGCGGAGAAUGUCCGGCUACAAUGCCAUGUGGGUGCCUGGAAUGGAUCAUGCCGGGAUAGCAACACAGGUGGUUGUUGAAAAGAAGCUUAUGAGUGAAAAAAAUUUAACCAGACAUGAUAUUGGUCGUGAGCAAUUUGUGGCUAAGGUUUGGGACUGGAAGAAAAAGCAUGGGAGCACCAUUUUACAGCAGCUCCGUCGCUUGGGUGCUUCUUUGGAUUGGUCCCGUGGGUGCUUCACGAUGGAUGAGAAAAGGUCAAAUGCCGUGACAGAGGCUUUUGUAAGGCUGCAUAAGCAGGGGCUUCUCUACAGGGCUAAUCGCAUAGUGAAUUGGGAUUGUGUGUUGCGUACAGCUAUAUCUGACAUUGAGGUGGAUUACAUCGAUAUAGAAGAAAGGACAUUACUGAGGGUUCCUGGAUACGAUAGUCCUGUUGAAUUUGGUGUGUUAACUUCAUUUGCUUACCCUUUGGAGGAAGGUUUAGGUGAGAUUGUGGUGGCCACCACUAGAGUGGAAACUAUGCUCGGUGAUACUGCCAUUGCUGUACAUCCUAAUGAUAAGAGGUAUGAACAUCUUCAUGGAAAACAUGCCAUCCAUCCUUUCAAUGGACGAAGGAUUUGUAUAGUCCUUGAUGAAAUUGUUGUUGAUCCAGAGUUCGGGACUGGUGCUGUGAAGAUUACCCCAGCCCAUGAUCCGAAUGAUUUUAAUGCGGGAAAGCGCCAUAACCUGGACUUUAUUAACAUCUUUACGGAUGACGGAAAAAUAAACGAGGAGGGUGGAGAAUUUGCAGGAAUGCCACGUUUUGAAGCCCGAGAAGCAGUGACAGAAGCACUAAAGAAGAAGGGUCUCUUUAAAGAAGCAAAGAACAACGAGAUGCGACUUGGAAUUUGCUCUAGAAGCCAAGAUGUUGUGGAACCCAUGAUAAAGCCCCAAUGGUAUCUUAAAUGCAGCGGUAUGGGAAAGCAAGCCCUUGAUGCUGUCGUAGAUGAUGAACACAGGAAGCUUGAGAUCAUCCCAAGAGAGUAUACUGCUGAAUGGAAGAGAUGGCUUGAGAACAUUCGUGAUUGGUGCAUCUCGAGGCAACUUUGGUGGGGUCACCGUAUUCCUGCAUGGUAUGUUGUUUAUGAAGGCGAUAAGCAGGAAGAUUUUGGAUUUAUUGAUGACCGAUGGGUAAUUGCUAGAAAUGAGGAAGAGGCUCAAGCAAAGGCUAGUGAUGCAUAUCAGGGGAAUUUUCAAUUAAUUCAGGAUCCUGAUGUCCUUGACACAUGGUUUUCUUCUGGUUUGUUUCCAUUGUCCGUGUUGGGCUGGCCAGAUAACACAGAAGAUCUGAAGGCUUUUUAUCCGACUGCAGUUCUUGAAACUGGACAUGAUAUUCUCUUUUUCUGGGUAGCUCGUAUGGUAAUGCUAGGAAUGACAUUGGGUGGCAACAUACCUUUUACAAAGGUAUAUUUGCACCCAAUGAUUCGUGAUGCCCAUGGACGUAAAAUGUCAAAAUCCUUGGGGAAUGUCAUUGAUCCACUUGAUGUAAUAAAUGGUAUUGAUCUUGAAGGUCUACGGAAGAAGCUUUUAGAGGGAAAUUUGGAUGCCAAGGAAGUAGCCGUCUCAGAAGAAGGGCUAAAGAAAGACUUUCCUGCAGGAAUUUGGGAAUGUGGUGCAGAUGCUCUCCGUUUUGCUCUCGUGUCUUAUACUGCUCAGCAUGAUAAGAUUAAUUUGGACAUCCAAAGGGUUGAGAGCUAUAGUUGCUGGUGUAAUAAAUUGUGGAAUGCAGUGCGAUUUUCUCUGAGCAUACUUGGGGAUGACUAUGUUCCACCCUCAAGUGUAAAUCCGGAUUUGCUUCCAUUUAGUUGCCAGUGGAUACUCUCGGUACUGAAUACAUCCAUAUCCAAAAUUAUUUCGUCACUGGAAUCCUAUGAGUUAUCAGAUGCGGCCACCGCAGUGCAUGCUUGGUGGCAAUACCAGUUGUGCGAUGUUUUUCUUGAAACUAUCAAGCCUUACUUUUUUGGUAACGAUCCAAAGUUUGCAUCUGAAAGGGGUUUCGCACGGGAUACACUAUGGUUAUGUCUUGAACAUGGGUUACGGUUGCUUCAUCCUUUUAUGCCAUUUGUCACAGAAGAACUGUGGCAACGUCUUCCAUCUUCCGGGGUUCACAAGAGGGCAAUAUCAAUUAUGAUGUGCGAGUAUCCAUCCAUUGUAGAUUGCUGGACAAAUGAAAGGGUGGAGUCUGAGAUGAACCUUGUAGAGACUGUUGUGAAAUCUCUCCGUUCACUUGCAAAAGAAAGUCGUGAAAGGCGACCAGCUCAUGUAAUGUGUCGAAACAAUUUGGAUUGGAAUAUAAUCUGCAGCCAUCGACUGGAGAUUGAAGCUCUUGCCCAUUUGUCUUCUUUGACGAUACUCAGCGAGAAUGACAGUUUUCCCACCAGCACCGUCUCCAGUGGAUAUGAGAUGUGUCUUGUAAAUGAAUAUCUGUCGGUUUUUCUGAGGGUUCCAAGAGUAAAGGCAGACCCUGAAAAGAUCCGCGAGAAGAUGGAAAAAUUCAUACUGGAACGGGAAAAGCUGUAUCUGAUGAUAAACUCUCCUGGUUACCAAGAAAAGACAUCUGAAAAGAUUCAAGAAUCCAACGCUGACAAGCUAGAAUGCUUGAAGCAGGAAAUAAGUACUCUGGGAAGGUUAUGGUGGAUGAAUUCUCCUGGUUACCGAAAAAAGGCGUCCGAGGAAGAUCAAGCAUGUAGUGCUGACAAUCUAGAAUUCUUAGAGAAGGAAAUAAUGGAAAGGCUGCGAUGCUCCUUUGUUUAAAGGGGCGAUUGUUUUGUUUCCCGAUCGCCACCAGGCGUCAAGAUUAGAUAUUUAUGAUGUAAUUAUGAUUUUGUUAGUUUAAAUUGCCUUUGGUACAUUCACGUAUCAGCAAAAUUGCAGAAAUACAGAGUUAUCUCCUUUCAUCA